AUGGAAGAGGCCGUGACUGCGCUUACAAACCUCGAGCUCCAUCCUGGUUCGCGUGCUGUCAACAUCAAAUGCAACAUUUCCGAGUCCCGCGCACAGUCACUUCUAGCUCAGUUCAUGGUAGCUAGACUCAUCCACUGUCCUGAAGACAGAACGCGUGACUCUCCAACACAAAAUGUACCCCUACAACCCACAGCAAAGGGCGUUUACAUACUCAGCCAGCAUCUGCAGGCCAAUCCUAUCCCAGACAGUCCAAAGAAACACGCGGCUGCUCUUCUGUCUUCUAAUCACAACACCAUGACGUGCAUUUCUCUGGUUAGAGACUCCAAUGACGCCAUCCAGAAGUCCAAAUACCUCACGUUGCUUCUGUUUCAACGACUUGCGGGCAAACAUCCCAAUAUCUACACUGCCAACGAUAUUGGAGACCUUCCACAAGGAAAGCCAUCUCCAUAUCACCAUCGAUACUUUACUCAUCCCGAUAGUGAUGCAGUAACCCAGUAUUACGACAGCAGAGUGGGUGUCAGACUACUGGAAGCCACGCGUGAUGGUCAUUCAAUCUACUACUUUUCAGGUAAAGCUGCUUGGCAAUGGGUUAUGGAGUGCUGCGAAGUAGUAAGCGGGUUGGAGAUCCUGGACAUUCUACAGGAGUUUCUUACAGCUGGGUUCAUCGAGAGAUUUGAUACUGAGUCUCGUUAUUCAGAAGAGGCCAAGUCACACACAUUUGUGUGUUCCAAAACUGCAAAGUACACCAUCACGGCGUCGGGGAUGUCUGUAGCUGGUUGGACAGGCAACCUGCCUACGACGCCGCUUUCUUCAGGGUUCCCUGUAUUCAUCAAGUCUCGUCUUCUUCACGGGGUCGAGGUGACCAAGGAAGACUUGGUAGAGCUUCAGGAGAUUGAUCAGGCCACAAACACAACUUUGGAUGCGGUCACCGGUCGGCCAGUGGAUGUCGCACGUGAUGAAACGUCUCAAGAGUCUCGAGAAGAACGAUUACUAGGAUUCAAGCACGAAAAUCCAUCUUUGGCUGUGGUUUUACAAGAUCCAGGUCUCACAAUGCUGUUCAGAAACCACCUGGAAGCAACUCAUUGUGUAGAGAACCAUACUGUUUACGUGAGCAUAAACCGUGUGAUUCGCACCUAUGCUGAUACAUCUCCCCAGGUAUCAGAUGACUCCAUGGCUUCUCUUGUGGCCCUCAUUUACUCCACUUAUGACUCCUAUCUUUCUCCCCAAGCUCCCAAGGAGUUCAACAUGAUUUCGUCGUGGCGAGAUCAACUGUGUCAUUUGACAGGAGAACUACGCGGUGCAAAAACUGUUCCUGCCAGUCUCAUCAUUGUGGCAGAAAUAGUUCGCAUUUUUGAACUGAUCAAGAAUCACGCCUUUCGAAUGAUGGAGAUUGAUUCUCUACCCAAAUUUCUGGAAUGCAGAGAGUACAGACGGUGUUUGAGAACGUUCAGAUGGUUGGAGAGGGUCAACUAUAUGUAA